CGCAUCGCGUCCAUUAGGUCCAUAGCAUCUGGAGGGGACCCGUCUGGCGUCUGUCUGGGACCGGGCUGCCCAGCCGCUCGAUCGACGUUUGGCGAGGACGCUGCUCCGGUACUCCGGUUGGUUGGACCGGAGGCGCGGCGAUGGGGGCGCUGUCGCGGCCGGAGGAGGUGCUGGCGCUGGUGAAAUUGCGGGUGGCAGCGGGGCAGAUCAAGCGUCAGAUCCCGCCCGAGGAACACUGGGCCUUCGCCUACUCCAUGCUCCAGAAGGUCUCCCGCAGCUUCGCCCUCGUCAUCCAGCAGCUCGGGCCCGAACUCCGCAAUGCCGUGUGCAUCUUCUACCUCGUGCUCCGUGCCCUCGACACCGUUGAGGAUGACACUAGCAUCCCGACCGAGGUGAAGGUGCCCAUCCUCCAGGAAUUUUAUCGGCACGUCUACAACCGCGACUGGCAUUAUUCAUGUGGAACAAAUCACUACAAAGUGCUGAUGGAUAAGUUUCACCUCGUAUCCACUGCCUUCCUGGAGCUUGGUCAAGGCUAUCAAAAGGCAAUCGAAGAAAUCACUAGGCGAAUGGGAGCAGGAAUGGCAAAAUUUAUAUGCAAGGAGGUUGAAACUGUUGAUGACUAUGACGAGUAUUGUCACUAUGUAGCCGGGCUAGUUGGUUAUGGACUUUCCAGGCUCUUUUAUGCUGCUGGGACGGAAGAUCUGGCUCCAGAUUCACUAUCAAAUUCAAUGGGUCUCUUUUUACAGAAAACUAAUAUAAUUAGGGAUUAUUUGGAGGACAUAAAUGAGAUACCAAAGUCCCGCAUGUUCUGGCCUCGAGAGAUAUGGAGUAAAUAUGCAGAUAAACUCGAGGAUUUCAAAUAUGAGGAAAAUACCGAAAAGGCAGUACAAUGCUUGAACGAUAUAGUGACGAAUGCACUGAUUCAUGCUGAAGAGUGCCUUCAGUACAUGUCAGCCUUGAAGAACCAUGCCAUCUUCCAUUUUUGCGCAAUUCCCCAGAUAAUGGCAAUUGGAACAUGUGCUCUUUGCUACAAUAACGUGCAUGUCUUUAGAGGAGUUGUAAAGAUGAGACGUGGUCUCACGGCACGAAUAAUUGACGAGACAAAUUCAAUGUCAGACGUCUAUACCGCUUUCUAUGAGUUUUCUUCAUUGAUAGAGUCAAAGAUUGAUGACAAUGAUCCAAAUGCUGCUCUAACACGGAGACACGUGAAUUCAAUAAAGCAAACUUGCAAGUCAUCUGGUUUGGUAAAGAGGAGGGGGUACCAUUUGGACACAUCACCUUACAGGCCUAUGCUGAUCAUGAUUGUCCUCCUGCUGGUGGCUAUCCUUUUCGGGGCACUGUAUACCAAGUGACUUGUAGCUGGCCUUUUUCCCCUAUGGAGACGAGACAAACUCUGCCAAUCUGAUCCUUUUCGUACUCUGUAGUCCCCAAUGACUGCAGGAAGUUCGGAAUUACUGGCUGUAGAAGUGUAGAUCAUACGGCAGCAUGCUACUGCUUCCAUGACUCCGUUACUGCUCUCGAUUCGUUUCUUCAUUAUGUUUUUUCGCGCGUUGUAUCGUUUGAAGCUGUUUUAAGCAACGGAAAAAAAAUACCAUGUGACACGUGUAUCCUACGAACAUGGGUUUCUGUUUAGUUAGCAGUGGGCGCACUGUAUUAUGUUGUCUUGUUGACAUGUCAUGUUUUCAAAGCUGACGUGUUUGUGUUUA